CCCACAAUGUUGUCACAAUUACUACAGAGUUCCUUAGAAAAACACGUCACAGUGAUCAAAUAUGAAUGAGAUGAAACUUUGAUCAAUGUGAGCUAAGUGAAAGAACAGAACAGAACCAUACUCAAGAUUGCCCAAAAAUGUCGACCAACGACAACCCCCCAGAAGUAGCUGAUGAGCCAACUGAAACCGGCACUUCCCUCCUUGAAACCACAACAGCUGCUAUCCAAAACUUCGCUCCCAUCAACAAUAUCCACCAACAUCUUUGCGCGUUUCACUUUUACUCUCACGACAUGACUCGGCAAGUGGAGGCACACCACUUUUGCGGGCACAAGAACGAGGAAAUGAGGCAGUGUCUAAUAUACGACAGUCCCAACAAAAAAGUAAAGCUUAUAGGAUUGGAGUAUAUCAUCUCAGAAAACCUGUACCGAACACUCCCGGACGAGGAGAAGCGCCUCUGGCACUCUCACUUGUACGAGGUCAAAAGUGGGUUCCUGUUCAUGCCUAAAGUGCCGGGUCCCAUUGAGCGCAUAGACUUGGAGAAAGUGUGCAAGACUUAUGGUAAAGUCUACCAUUUCUGGCAAGUCGACAAGGGUCACACUCUCCCACUUGGGAUACCUCAGCUCAUGAUGGCGCUUACUAGAGAUGGCCAGAUAUAUGACCACCUUGUCCAAAGUUGUGCGGAGCGAAUGGGAAUAGACUUAGAGAAAGAAAGAAAGAAUAGGGAAUAUAUGACAGGGCCAGAACAUGGAAUUGACCCAAUGGCGAAUGGAGGAGGUAAGGGCCUUGAGACUCGGCUGAGGGAGGUGGAGCUGAAGCUGUGA